UCUAUGCUAAAGUAAACUUUUGACACUGCUGGACUUUUUGAGCACGCAUGUCGUUGUUAUGAAUAGUAGUUUGCUUACAUGAAGGCUACUAACAUCGGUAGAAGGGAGUUCUGAUUGUGAGCUGUUAUGAAAGUUCAGCUGCUUAAGGAAUCAGUGCCACCCAUGGAGUUACACAACUGCAGUUAGGGGGGUAAGAUGGAGGAUGCCUACACGGCUCUCUACCAGGAGUUCCUUCGGCUGCGAUCCAUCUGUUUCAAACAGGCCACCAUGCUCCAGCACCUCACAGAAGUCCUCAAUAAUCAGCAAGGUGGCAUUGGGGACUCAGAGAACCUGGUGUCCAUGCCAGCCCAGUGUUCACAAGGUGAUCUGAUCAACUUCUGCUCAGACGCCCAUGAACUGUUGCUUCGUAGACCUCUGGAUCAGUCUGCUGAAACUAACACAACCCGUGGAGGGGGCGGCGUGACUGCAGUCUUGCUGACGUCAGGAAUGGACCAGCUCCACCUGGCUCGUCCCCAACAUCAAGCUUCUCUGGGGGCGGGUGCCGUGACUGGCCUCGAAGGGCCCUCGACCUCUCCUGGGGUCAUUCCUUCGAGAGCGCCCCCUAGCAUCAUUGGUGACUUAAAACGGGCCGAGCAGCAGUGGGCUGAGAACAACCCUGCCAGAGCACGGAGGCCGUGGUCGUCCAGCUCAUUUCUGAACAGUGAGUGGAUGAGCCUGACGGGUGGGCGUGUCAUGUCGAGGGUGACAGUGGAGUCGCAGGUGUGCGAGUUCUGCCAAGCUGUGUUUCCCGGACACACCACCACACGCGGGGAAUUCCUGCGUCACCUCACCUCUCACAUCACCUGAUGGACAGGUUGCUUUUUUUUCACCACGUUGUCAAUGUUUCUAACAGUACUUCAGCUUGUGAUCUAAAAGUCCUUUAAGUGCAACUUGAACUGUACACACAUAACUUUGUAGAGUAGUUGACAUUGUGACAAAGGUGUUUGUAAGGAUUUAAGUGGCUGGAAGCACCAAAGCUUUAGACUGUAGUACACUCUUCUACUUUGUCAUAAAAGAGCGCACUUCAAGGUGCGUACAAGAGUUCAAGGAUGCAAGUCCAUUCAUUUGUGUAAUAUGUGUACAGGACUUUGGUUCCGUGCUGCUCUGUGAACUGUCACCACUAGAUGGCAGGCGUAGAAAAACCCCUUAUUAAGAUGACUGUAGGAUUGCUUUGAUAAUGCCUGCCUCUCAGGUAAAUCUUUUGAAUAAUCAUUAAAUGUACCAUUUUAUUUCGAAAAUUACUAAUGUUGUUUUCUCUUACUGACACAUUUUUUAUUGCCAUUUUCAGUUUUAUUCCCAUGAAUGA